AUGUGGAAGCUGUAAUAAAAUUAGCAAAGUCUCUCUGUGAUCUUCUCAAUCAUCGAUGGAAUACCUCCAUGAGAGCAACUAUGUUAAUGCAAUAUCUUCGAUGUCUGGCCAAGCAUGGCAUUCCGUUCCAUACUGAACGACAACACCGUCAAGGCCGAUUUCUCAGCAGCGAAGAGUUCACUGGAAAAUUUCUGCCUGUCAGGAACCUGAAACGUUUUUUUCAAGACCUAUCUGAUCUUGAAUUCAAGAUGCGCUCGAGCAUUUGGGCUUAUCACAACAUCUCCAUAGGAUCUACUAGGCUUGGAGAGAUAGCACCUCUAGCUUCAUGGAAAAGUGCGAAUAUUUCGAGAUUGAGAUAUCAACUUUGUAUUGCUAGUAGACACCUCAACUAUAGAGCAGUCGUCUCCAACUUAGCCAAUUCUGAAGUUCUGCGGAUGACCACGGAAAUUAUUGAGAAGGAGAGGGAUGGCUACAGAGAUCGCCAGUACAAUAUACAGAAUUUGAUUUAUUUUGAUAGUCCCAUUGCAAUAUGGAUGGCUCUCCAAGCAACACUUUCCAUGAAACACGAUUUGUCUUUUGAUAUGGGUAAUCGCUUGGUACUACUUGCAGCCAUUCAAAACAUGGUUUACACGACAAAUGCGUGAGUUUUCCUUCUUUUUUUCGGGCCAAUCCCAUCCUCAAUACGCAUUUGUAAAGCUAUUCAGAUAA